AUGGUUUCAACAGAGGGUUUAAGUGAUAUCAAUGAAUAUCCUGUAUCAGAAUGGGGUGAUGAUAUUUAUUUUGGAGAUGAUGAUGAUUAUGAAGAAGAACUUAAUUUAAAGACAAAUAGUGAUAUAACUACUAGAAGUUAUUCAAGUAGACCAGGUACAAAUAAAUCAACAGGUUCACAAUUACGUGGAGAUAGUAAACGUAUUCGUUUGAAAUAUUCAUAUCCUCCUGUUAUUGGUUUUGUAAGUAGUAAUGUUAAACGUGAUCCAAAUAUUGAUCGCAUUAUCGAUUCACAUAAAGCAAAUAUUAUUGAAAAUCCUUAUACAAGAUUAGCUCAAACAACAUUACAAGCUUUUCGACCACGUUUAAUGACAAAUCUAACAGAAACUCAAGUACAUUUUAAUGAUACAAAAGAUCCAGUAAUUGAUUCAACAAAUAAUAAGACUGUAAUUCAAUUUGAUAAUAAUAAAUGGGAUGAUGGAUCAAAUAGUGAUGGUGAUACGGAUAUUAUAUCAAACGAUCAAUCAAGUUUACAAAUUUAUGAAGAAACAUGUAAACGUUUAAAUAUUUCAAUAUGCUCAAUGAUUUUACAAUCAUUAAAUACAACAAAAAUCAAUUUAGAAAACUAUGGACUUGGGCCAAAAGGAUCAGCAGCAUUAGCUGCAGCUCUUAUACGUAAUACAACAGUUUUAUCAUUGAAUCUAUCAGGAAAUAAUAUUGGAAAUACAGGCAUGUCUUAUAUCUAUCAAAUUCUCAAGGAAAAUAGUUAUGUUGAAGAAUAUAAUCUUUCGUAUAAUAAUCUCGGCACCAAAGGUAUUCGUAAAUUAGCAGCUGGAAUUGCUUCUUGUAAUCAAUUAAAAUGUUUAAAUAUUGCUGGAAAUGAAUUGAUAGCAAGUGAUAUUAAUAUUUUACUAUUACAACUCGAGGAACGUUCGAAUAUCCGAGAUCUUAAUUUAAGUCAUAAUCAAUUAAAUGAAGAAGGUGGCAUUUCUAUUGCUAAAUGGCUAUGUGAUGAUAAUGUUUUACUUAAACUUGAUUUAAGUUGGUGUAGUGUUCGUUUAAUGGGUGCUUGUGCUUUAGCUAAAGCUAUUGGUGAUAAUAAUAGAUUAAUAUCACUUGAUUUAUCCAAUAAUAGUUUUACAAAUGAUACAGUUGAAUAUUUAACAAAUUCAUUAACACGCAAUAUGGUUUUGAAUGAUUUGAAUUUAUCUGGAAAUCAAAUUUUUUGCCAAUAUAAUACAUAUAUUGAAGAAAAUCCAUCGAGUUUAAUUACUGGAAAUAAUACGUCUAUUUAUGAUCUACUUGUCGUAGCUAUGACAAAUCAAGUAUUAAAAAGAUUUCGAUUAGGACAUAAUCAUCUUGAUACACGUUGUAUGAUAAUUAUAUUAGAAGCAUUAUCAAAACUUGAUAAUAUAUCAUUAGAAGAACUUGAUUUAACUGGUUUAACAUUAAAUUCAAAACAAAUUUCUCAUGUUGAAAAACUUUUUGCAAAUCAUAAACAAUUGAAAUAUUAUAUUGAACCAAUAAAAAAAACAAUAGAACAAUUUGUUAAUCAUCUUUUAAAUUUAAUUCAUACACAUUGUGAUGAAAAUGAUAUUGAUUUGACGGAUUUGUUUAUUCCAUAUGAAGAAAAUCGGGUGUCAGUUACUUAUGAUCAAUUUCUGUUUAGUUUAAGAAAAGCUAAAAUACCAUUUCCAAUUGCACAAAUCGAAAAUAUUAUGAAAUAUUUGGGAAAAGACAAUGAUCAAGGAAAAAUCUUUUUAAGGUUUGAUAUGUAACUUCUAUUUAUUAUUUAAUAUAUUACUUGUAUAGAUCGUUACAAAUUCGAUAAGAACAUAUUUAUCAAAAUGUAUUUUAAUGUGUCCAUCAAUAUUUAUUUGCACUCAUUAAUUAUCAAACCGUUUGUAUGUAAUGGGUUGUUUAUCAUUAUUUGAGUAAACUCGCUUCUUAAAACAACACAAUCAUCCUGUCAAUAAACUAUCGAUCUUUUCGAAUGACUGUGUAAUUGCUGACUUAGUUUUUACUGUUACAUACUCAACAUGCUUUUUUUUUCUACAUACCAUACUUAAUUGGACACACAUUUCUUUCUUAUUUACUCAUAAAUAAAUAUACUUUAUACACUGAUUUUACUGUCUAGUAAAUUAAUAAUUUUUUUUUAAAUAUGUAAUAGACUAUUUAUCAGUUAUUUAUUUUGUUAUUUAGCAUAAUCAACACAUGUUAUCAAUAAGACUUAUCACAAGACAUCUUUAGAUUGAAAUUUUAAUGAAUAUUAUACAUAUGACAGCUUGAAAAAUCAUUUCAUUUUUUGUUUUUUCUUAUUCAAACUGUUCGAUUAGAAUGCGUAAAAUCAUCUAUAUACGAAAAAAAAGAAUAACUGAAUAUGAAAUAACAAAUAAUCGACAAGAUACAACGAUAAGAUGUAAAAAGAAAUUAAUGUUUUAAUAAAACUCGAUAAUAGAUCAUCUACAAUCAUAUAUAUAUACAUGCAUUUUGAUUUUAUCGAAAUUUUCUUUUCUCUAUUAACACGUUGACUGUCCGGUGCAUCACAUGUGAUGCACGAUACUUUUGAGUAAAAAGUCUUCGCAUCACGUACG